AUGCAGGCUCCUAUGCAGACGUCUGAGGUUCUGGACGCGCCGAGUCUUUCUCACCUGGUGAAAUUGAUUGUACAGAGGUCCAGGCUUGUGCAAAAGGAAUCAUCAUCAGCGCCAAAUGAAAUUUCUUCUGCUAGAGAUCAGACAGACACUGUGGAGAAAAAAAGGGCUACUACUACCAGCCCACUCCCUCCCCUUCCUAUCCCAGAACUCAGAGCCAUCAUUAAUAGACAUCUCUCCUAUCUGCGAGCCUUUGCAACGGACCAAGAGUUCCAGGAAACAGUUCGAUUCGCGUCAGACUUCCAGACGCCAGGUAGUAUUGGAAGACGUCUAUACGACCGCUUGCAAGUUAUGAAGGCAGCCAAUCCAGAUACAUGGUAUCACGAUUUAUACCUCCAAAACCAAUACCUCGUUCGCAAUGGUCCCCUCGCCCCCUAUAUGACCUUCUUCUUCACGCACCCGGUUAAUAUCGGAAGACACUCGCAAGCGGAACGGGCAGCCCUCAUUGCGUCAACGGUUAUCCGGUAUAAGUUUUGCCUGGAAAACGGCCAGAUCCAACCCCGACUUGUCAACGAGCAGCCGCAGUGCAUGGACCUAUACAAGUAUAUGUUUAAUACGGUCCGUGAGCCCACGCUGGGUGUAGAUCUUAUGAGUCGGUAUCCCGGAAACGAUUACUUUGUGGUCUUGCGGCGUGGGCAUGUCUACAAGGUCGAGUUUGAUUCGUCAGCACAACAUGCCCAAUAUGAGAGGCUGGAGAGAAUCUUCCAGACCAUCCUCGACACGCGGAUAGACGAGGUCGACUGGCUUGGAGUCCUAACUACAGCGGAUCGUAUUUCAUGGGCAAAGACUCGGCAUGAAUUUAUGCACCUUAGUGAGGAGAACGCAUCGUAUAUUCGAACCAUCGAGCAAUCCGCGUUUGUUGUCUGUUUGGACGAUGGCUCUCCCGAGACACCAGAAGAGCGAGGUCGCCAUUUCCAUUUCUUAGACGGCUCCAAUCGCUGGCAUGACAAACCGAUUGAGUUCAUCAUCGCGGCCAACGGGGCCUCUGGUGUUCUAGGCGACCAUACUGGGCUUGAUGCAGGCACUGUCCAUGAGCUGAACACCGAGAUUGCGGAGGCAAUCCGUCGCCACCAGGACAGACGAACGCUGUCUAACGGAACUUCUUGCGAAGUUACGGUACACCCGGUUCGAUAUUCAGCAAUCUCUCCCGGAAUCGAGGCUCGUAUACACGAGACGCGCUCUAUAUAUACGGCCGCCAUCUCCAGCCGAGAGCAUCGAUACACGACGUGGACCGGGUACGGCUCGUCGCUGAUGAAGGCAUAUAAGAUCCCAGCCAACAGUGCAUUCCAGCUUGUGGUCCAACUGGCAGGGCGAUACUACUUCGGACAGACCUCUCCGUGCUGGGAGACAGUGCUCCAGUCCAACUUCCACACGGGCCGGGUAGAAAUUAACCAAGUAGUCACGGCGCAGGUUGCGGCGUUCGUGGACGCCGCUGCAGAGGCCGUUCCACUGUCGGAUUGCAGACAGCUACUCCUUGAGGCGGCUCGAGCCCAUUCGAGCGCUGUGCUGGCUUGCACGCGAGCGGGCGGAUCGGAUCGAUUUCUCUCCAUGAUGCGAGAAAUUGUUGAGGCCGACGAGCAGGAGCCGGAGCUGUAUCAUGACCCAGUCUAUAAGAGGGCACGGCCGCGGAAGUUCAUCAGCAAUUGCUUUACGACGGGUAUGGCUGAAAAUGGAUGCUGCUUGCGAGAAGACGAUGGGAUCUGGUUGCAUUUUGAGGUUGAGCCUGAAAGCGUCAAAUACUCCAUCCUCGGGCCUGCGGGGGACACAACGAGGUUCUGCGACAGUCUAGCGAGGGCCGCUGAAAAGGUUUGGGAUAUACUUCAAGCAGCAUAGCAUUUUGUCAUCUAUAACAAAUGAAUUACUUCAACUUCGAAGGAAUAGUAUGGAAUAAAACG